AUGGCUGCCCCUCCUUCUUAUCAGGACGCUGAGGCGGGGGCGUCUCUCGCAGAACAGGCGCCGCCCAGCGAAAAGGCAUUCUUUGGAACGCUCAACCUCGCGCAAACCCCGAAGCAACCAGAAUCUAACACCUGCCUCGCCCAUCUCCGGCUGCUGUUUGCCUUCCAGACGCUGAAGGAAGACAUCGGCUACACUGAUGGCUUGUGGGGGCUAUGGGAUACUCGCGUUGAGGGGGGCAAGGCUGUGACCAAGGAGGGAAAAGUCCAUGAACCCGUUCCAAUCGACUCCAAGCGAGAGGUUCCAAUCGACUCGAAGCAAGAGGUUCCCACCGAUAAGCACCUGCUGCUCAGCCAGAUCCGCGAAAAGCGCUGGGCUCUCUUCGUCGCGCGUGCUGUUGACCGAUAUGAAGCCUGGUGGAGUUCGCUCGCCGAGGGAUCUGGCUUGAAUGAGCAUGAGAUUGAUGACCCUGAUUCCGCUGCGUACGCAAAAUUCCCCAGCUUCCAUGAUACCCAGUACUGGGCUCAGAGAUCACUGCCACCGCUUGAUGUCUUGAUGGUCUACCACGCUCACAUGCUGAACCCUUACAAUUUCCUGGAAGACUGUCUACGCGCUGGACUCCGUGACCUCUGGGGUAACGGAAUGCCAUGGCAACUGGUCAAUGCCGCCAUCGACGGCAGCUUCAACUACAACGUGUCCGACGACCACAAAGCCCACUGGGUUGCAUCGACAGGCCGCUCAUGGGAAAACGCAGAGGACCCCCUCGUCAAGUCACUCACUUGCCCUGUCUGCAGCACCCUCGUCAGCAUUCCAUGGACGACGUGCAACCUGGACGAGAAUCCGAAAACAACCGACGACCCUGGUCUGAUCGGAUCUGGAUAUGGCGAUGGACAGCUCGACAUAGCCUGCUCCAGCUGCGGAACGCGCAUCAACAGGGAACUUCUCAGUGUCGCAAAGUUCUGUAACGAUGCUCGGGACCUCUUGAUCAAGAACUUGCCCAUGCCUGGCACUGUGCUCGAUCCCAUCAGCGGAGAGCCGGAGCCAUUCCAGCCGAGGUUGAAGGACCAGUUGAACCCUCAAACCUUUCCGAAUCGCAUGAUCAAACUCGUGCUUCGGAUCGAGAUCCAGGAUCUGCUCAAGAACCCAAACCCAGCCCAGCCGCCGACAAUUGACACGGUGCGCAAGAUGGUCGAAGACGUCAUUGGCAAGCAGAGCGCCUUGCGCGUUGUUGACCAAGGCUCUCCCGCCUCCCGCUCGAUGCGGCCCAUGAAGGUUGCCCCCAUCACACGCUUGUGCGUGCGUAAGAUGAUGAGCCGGUAUUGGGAAAACUUCAGCCCGUUCGCGCUGGAUCUGUGUGGCGCAACCAUGCGCCAGGGCAUCUUCUCAGAGAAGAUGUACAAGAUCGACUGGCUGCACUCGCCCGCCGCGCGUGAGACGAUGGACCGGCUCUGCAUCAAGUACCAGCGCUUCGUUACUAUCAUGGCUGAGAAUCCAAGGGGAAUCGCCGUGCCUACUCUUGACGUCGACUUGGCCUGGCACACGCACCAGCUUUCCCCGUCGGCCUACUACGCUUACACCAAGGCGGCGACGAAGAAGUUCAUCCGCCACGACGACAAGGUCGACGAGGAUAACCUGAAGCGAGGAUUCGAGUGGACGAGCAAGACUUAUCAGGAGAAAUACGGUGAAGUGUAUUCUGAAUGCACGUGCUGGUAUUGCGAAUCAGUGCGAACGUCGCACAUCUCGUCCAUUGGCAAGGUUCUCGGCAUGUCCACCAACGAGAAGAUUGACGAUAAGUUCUACAAGUCAGGCAACGCCAGUUUCUGUCCGCCUGACAAUUCGGCCCAUAUAUCCUCGCACAACGCCGUGGACCCUGGCUCGAGCAUUCCAGGGCCCGAAGCACUGGUGCGCAAACGGAUGCAAGAAAUCCACCAGCGUCGACUGGAGGACCAGUACGAGAAGGCUCGCAAGCGCGCUGAGAAGAAGGGGCGUAAGCUACCUCCCAGGCAGCAAUACUACGACCAUUGGGGGUACAGCUACUACAUGUACGGACCGUGGAUGUACCCGAUGUACUUCACGCCCGGCAUGUAUUACGGCUACCCUGGCUACGCGUCCACCAGCGGAGGCGCCUGUGCAGCCGGAAGCUGCGGCGGCGGCGUCGCAGCUGGAACUUGUGGAAGCCCUGGCGGAUGCUCCGCUGGUGGCUGUGGUGGUGGAGAUGGGGGAGGUGGUGGAGGAUGUGGAGGAGGAGGAGGGUGUGGAGGAGGCGGAGGUGGAUGUGGAGGAGGAGGUGGCAGUUAG